AUGGUCGUCGAUCCUGGUGCCUCGUCCAUCAAUGUCACAGUCCGAGUGCGACCUUUCACCAUUCGUGAAGCGGCGCAAUUGACGCGGACCGAUGAAGGCACCCUCUUCCUCGGCGACGGCUCGCUGGCCGCUGCCCCCACCCCCAAGCUCAACACGAGGGGCAUCCGACCUGUGAUCAAGGUCGUCGAUGACCGAUGCCUAGUAUUUGAUCCGCCCGAAGACAACCCCGUCCAGAGGUUCUCCAGAUCCGUCGUGCCCAACGGCAAGAAGGUCAAGGACCAAGUCUUCGCCUUUGACAGGAUCUUCGACGACAAUGCCACGCAAAACGACGUGUACGAAGCAACAACACGGACCCUGCUCGACAGCGUCCUCGACGGCUACAACGCCACCGUGUUCGCCUACGGCGCAACCGGCUGCGGCAAGACGCACACCAUCACCGGCACCUCGCAGCACCCUGGCAUCAUCUUCCUGACCAUGCAGGAGCUCUUCGAGAAGAUCGCCGACCGCAGCCAGGAAAAGACGACCGAGGUCACCCUCUCUUACCUCGAAAUCUACAACGAGACGAUUCGCGACCUGCUCGUCCCCGGUGGCAGCAAGCAGGGAUUGAUGCUGCGAGAGGACUCGAACCAGGCCGUUUCUGUCGCUGGCCUGACGAGCCAUCACCCCAAGGAUGUGCAGGAGGUUAUGGACAUGAUCGUCAGGGGGAACGAGUUCCGCACCGUCUCGCCGACCGAGGCCAACGCCACAUCGUCCCGCUCCCACGCUGUCCUGCAAAUCAACGUCGCCCAAAAAGACCGCAACGCCGACGUCAACGAGCCGCACACCAUGGCCACCCUCAGUAUCAUCGAUCUGGCCGGCAGCGAGCGUGCGAGUGCCACCAAGAACCGCGGCGAGCGCCUGCUCGAGGGUGCCAAUAUCAACAAGUCGCUGCUUGCGCUCGGAAGCUGCAUCAAUGCUCUCUGCGAUCCCCGGAAGAAGAACCACGUGCCCUACCGGAACAGCAAGCUGACGCGUCUGCUGAAGUUCUCCCUCGGCGGAAACUGCAAGACGGUCAUGAUUGUGUGCGUCAGCCCCUCGAGCGUGCACUUUGACGAGACGCAAAACACGCUGCGCUACGCCAACCGCGCCAAGAAUAUCCAGACCAAGGUCACGCGCAACGUGUUCAACGUCAACCGCCACGUCAAGGACUUCUUGGUCAAGAUCGACGAGCAGAUGGCCCUCAUCAACGAGCUCAAGGCGCAACAAAAGGACGCCGAACAAGCCUCGUUCGCCAAGUUCCGCAAGCAGCAGGAUCGCCGAGACGCCAUCGCCCGCGAGGGCAUCCAGCGCAUCCGCGUCGCCUACGACAACUCUGCCGGCGAGCGACAGGAAAAGCUGAACAACAUGAAGAAGCUCAGAAGCUUCGAGCGUCGCAUCGGCCUGCUCUCAAGCUGGCUCGCAUCGUUCGAUGCCAUCUGCGAUGCCCGUGGCGACGAGGACAUGAUGCCUUCGAACCUCGUCUCCAUCCGCAAGACGGCCAGCGGUAUCCUGUCCGAGCUCGAACACAGCAGGCACCACAUGAUCCAGAAGCUCGACAAGUUCAACUGGGAGCGCGCUCUCGACACAGCCCUGCACCACAGCAUCCAGCAACUGCCCGGGGACGGCUCCGCCGACUGCGGCGAGGUGGCGAACCUGUCGCGUGAGGUCGAGGUCCUCAAGGCGAGCUUCGGUCGCGAGUCGUACCGUGACGUGUUGGACUUUGACAAGACGGCCGACGCCUCCAUGGUGCAGGUGCUUCUGACUGCCCAGUUUGACAUGCUAGCAUCCCUAUCCGAGACGCUGGCGAUGAAGGAGGAGGACGCCGUCUCGCAUGCCAAGUCCAUCAUCCACCGUUUGCUCGAGGUCGGUUACACGGCAGCGUCCCAUGUCGUCAAGCCCGACGGCUCUUGCAUCCCCGUCGAGAAGUUUUCCCCCAGCAAGCGAGGCACACCCAAGCGAAAGAAGGCCGCUGCCGUCGGCAACAUCCAGCCCAUUGCCGCGCCUCUCCUGUCCGUGGCCGACGCGCCGGUGCUCACACAGCCGAUUGCUGCUGCUUCGCCGAUGAAGACGUCGCCCCGCCGGCGCAAGCCCAUCAACGCGCGGAAGGGCGUUUCGUUCACGCCUGUGAAGAAGAAGGCGGCGUCGCAGCGGUCGGUUCGGUGGAGGGAUGACGAGUCCGAGGAUGGAACUCUGGCCGACUUUGACAAGACGCCCAAGAAGUACGAAUCGACUCCGGAACAGAACUCGCCCGACGAGGCUCUUCCUCUGCCACCCAUGCCCGCCAUGUCGUCCCUGCCGGCCAUGCCCACUCUGCCAGUCUACUUGGAAACCACCGAGGAGGAGCCUGAGCCAGCCUCGGAGGACGCAAGCCCGUCUCUCGAGCUUCCCGAGACGUCUACUCUCGUGUUGCCGGCCAAGCCUAACAGGUUCCAGGCCGGAUUUCUGUCCAAGGGAAAUGCCCGGGUCUCGUCCAUCGGCAGCGGCUCUCCGAGCCUGCCCACGCCGACGUUCUCGGUGAAGCUCGCCCCUUCGCCAUCGUCGUCUGACAACGGAGACAAGCUCGGCCCGCUUAGGUCGCUGGACGUGGCGCGGUCUUCCAACAUGUCACCCUCGUCCUUCGGCUCCAAGAUAGCGCGGCUCAGUCCGCCUCGGUGUUCAUUUCUCGGCGACGAAAAUAACCCCCCCUCCAUCGCCUCUGGCCACUCCUCUGACUCCGACUCGUCCAAAAUUGACCACCAAAAACUCCGGAACGCCCUCCACUCGGCCAAAAAGGCGGGGGGACGUAGGGUGUCCUCCAUGUCCGGCGCCACGACCGCGUCUGCGCGACGCAUCUCUUCCAUUGGCCCUCUCCCCGAAAGGGCCGGCCACCGGGCCUCGCUUAGCUACUCCGGGCCCCUCGCCAGUUCGACGAACGGUAUCUCUCGGCACCGCCGAAACAGCACAGCAGAGCGACGGCGCUCGCCGCCCAUCGCGUGUUCCCCACCCGACUUUCGGGGUGCAUUCACCCAGGGCCAAGCGCGCCGCAUGAACUUUGCCGGCAGCGUCAAGCUGUCCGGUGUCGAGGGCAGCAGCCCAGGCGACCGGGCGCAGAGCCUCGAGGCAGGCAAGACCCGACGCAUCACUAUUGGUGGUUUGGGCGCCAUGGGUGGUGCCGCCACGAGGGGACGCGAUGUCAGCGCUGGUAGGGCUAGUGUUGGCUGGCGAUGA